AUGAAAUUUCUCAUUCAGAAAACAAACCCUAACAUCUCCAAUUCCCUUCCCACUCUUCCUAUUGAUCUAAUUUCAGAAAUACUCUCUAAGCUAUCUGUGAAGCACCUUCUCCAAUUUCGAUGUGUCUGUAAAUCAUGGAAUUCUCUAAUAUCAGAUCAUAGAUUCGCCAGAAAGCACCUUAACGGAUCAACCACACGGAUCAGCCUCCAAUGUGUAAGCUAUCAUACGCCCUCAUCCCGUUUUUUUCUAAAGUCUUAUCCAAUUCAAUCCCUUUUCCCAGACAUAACCACUCACUUCACUCCACAUGAGUUUUCAUAUAAUUUUAUUUUUAGAAAUUAUAUACAUUACAUUGUUGGCUCUUGUGACGGAAUCGUUUGUCUCGCCAACUAUUAUAAACCUUCUGUUGUUCUGUGUAACCCUUCCAUUAGAAAAUUCAAGGAAUUGUCCCCUUUUGAUAACCCACCGGUGAAUAGUCAGCUUAAUAUGACAUGUGGAUUCGGUUAUGAUCAUGUUUCUCGUAGUUACAAAGUGGUUGUUGUUUACUAUUUCUAUAACAAAGGUACUUCUGAAAACACAAAUAAAGUAAAAGUUCAUACUUUGGGUACUAAUUCCUGGAAAAGCAUUCAAAUGUUUCCUUCUGAUACUGUUUUCACUGAGAAAUCUGGAAAAUACCUAAGUGGCACAAUUAAUUGGGUAGCCUUUGUUAAAGGGCGUCGUAGUGAUCCACCCUUUAUUGUUUCAUUUGAUUUGGAUAAAGAGUCUUAUCAGAAGGUUUUUCUUCCGGAUCCUGGAGAGAUAGAUGUGUUUAACUUGACAUUGUGUGUGUUGAAGGACUGCUUGUGCAUACUAUCUGAUCAUGAUGUUUGGGUCAUGAAGGAAUAUGGAAUUAAAGAGUCUUGGAUUAAAUUGUUCGACUUUUCUUGCUUGCGAGAUCCAACUAAGACUUCUAUCUUGACAAAUGUAUUAUAUAUUUGUGAAGUGGAUCAUAUGUUGUUAGAGUUUAGCUAUCAUGAGAAAAAGAAGUUGAUACUGUAUGAUUCCAAGAAUGGUACUUUUAACAAUGCUGCUAUAUUUCAACACACCUUAGAAGUUUGUGCUGAGAGUUUAGUAUCACCUUGUUUUUAA